AUCCGCAUCAGCAACGAGCGAUCAGCAGAGAGAGCAGGAAAGAUGGCGGCCGGUUCUGGGGCUGCAAGCGGCCACGGAGCUCGCAGCGCCAACGCUGCUCUGGAAGCGUCUUUGGACCGGCGGUUUCAAGGAGUAUCAAACACUAUGGAGUCAAUACAGGGACUUUCAACCUGGUGCAUUGAAAACAAAAAGCACCACGGCGUUAUCGUUCGCCACUGGAUGAAGUGGCUCAAGAAAUCUGACAACAAUCACCGCUUGAAUCUCUUCUACCUUGCCAAUGAUGUGAUACAGAACUGCAAAAGAAAGAAUGCCAUUGUUUUUCGUUCAUCCUUCGCAGAAGUCCUUCCUAAUGCUGCUCAGCUCAUCAAAGAUGCGAAGGUCCGCAAGUCAGUGGAAAGGAUUUUUUUGAUUUGGGAGGAGAGGAGCGUGUAUCCUGAGGAAGUCAUUGCCCAGUUCAAAGCCAGCUUGAACAGAAAGGAAAGGGAGCGAGAGAAGCAGAAGGAAAAAGAAAAGCAAAAAGAGAAGGAGAGAGAAAAGGAGAGAGAAAACGAAAAGGAGAAAGAAAAGGAGACUCCACCGGCAAAUGCCCCAACCAACACCAAAGCUGCCCUCAAGUCCAAGAUUGUAGCAGAGUUCACACCCCACUCCCUCAUUGAGCAGUUGUCGAGAUAUAAGCGAGCAGUUGCAGAAGAGGAGUUCAGGGAGAAGCAGCUGGCAGCUCUCAGGGUGGAUGUAUGCAGCACGGAGGCUCUUAAGCGACUUAAAGAUAAAGCAGGAGGAAACAAGUUUGCUAAGGACUUUGAGGACGGCAGUCUGAAGCUGCAGGAGUUUGUCGGCUUCCUGGACAAAGAGUUGAAAACAGGGCCUCCUCUGCUGGAAGCUUUGGGAAAUGCAGACAUUUUUUAUGAAAUGCAGUACAAGGAGGUUAAGAUUGUGGCCAAUGCGUACAAUGCCUUUGCCAACCGUGUGGCCAGUCUUAAAAGGAAAUUGGAUUCCCUCAAGUCAACUCUACCUGGACCUGAGGACUCCCCCGUCCCCUCACCCUCUGAAGACGCCCCCUCUCCCACUGGCUCUGACUCACCCUUCCUGGGACUGAGGGCUAGCAGAGCCCAGGUGGAUCCAGAGCUGGAUGGCAAGGCCAUGGAUGAAGGAGAAAUACCCAUCGACAACAGAGACAUGGAGGACAUGGAUAUGUCUGAUGAAGAGGCUGAUGCCGCCACAGCAGGGGCAGAUGACAAGAAAGACACGGGGUCCACUGCUCUUGCCAAGACUACAAAGUCAGAUGCAGCAUCAAAGCUUCCCACCACACCUACGAAAGCUUCUAAGACCAAUGCUGCUGCUACUGCUGCUGCUGCCACGGCCACCUCAGUGACUCCCACCUCGGCUACCGCUCCAAGCGUUCCAACAACCCCUCUGGGAGUCAAUCUGGAGAAGGUGGACCUGGGAAAGAUCAGCUCCAUUCUCAGCUCACUCACAUCUGCCAUGAAGAAUACAGCAGCUAGCCCUGCUCGGCCAUCUCCAGGGACACCCACAACUCCCUCUGGCCAAUCAGCAGCCUCCAAAGCGACCCCUUCAAGCCCUGCUCUGGCCAGCAUCCUGUCACGUGUUGACAUCACACCUGAAGGCAUACUCAAUGCUCUGUCUAAAACAAACACACCAGGUUUAUCCUCUCUGCUGCAAAGUGUGACAAACACCUCCUCUGCUCCUCCCAGCCGAACCUCCCCAGAAUCAUCAGCAGUUAAAACCCUGCUCUCCCCAACCACCCCAAAAAUAAAACCGUCUCUGGGGAACAGCCUCAAACGAGACACACCUGGGAGAACCAGAGACUGGGAGAAAGAGAGACAGCUGUCCCCACCUCCUCCACCCCCUCCUCGUCCCUCAGCUCUUUCUGUCUCUCCCCCCAGCCUAGAAUCAAAAAUCAACAGUUUCUUGCAGGGUAACCCAGGUUUUAGUCUCGCUCUAGGUGAUGUCAGCCCAGAUGGGGUGGAUGGAACCCCAGUGAGAGACGAGGCUGCUGGCACCCCCACCCAGGAUGAGAUCAUGGACACACCUGGGAGUGUUCCAGAAUCUCUAGGGUCAUCGGGAGGUCAUAACCUCUCACCCACAGCCUACCGCAGCGAACCCUGGGAUGCUGUGAUCACCCCAUCAGGGAGCAACAGCAAUGGAGACUUUCUGGGCUCUUCCUCCUCUUCCCGGUAUGGAGCUGGGAAAAAGAGCGGCACAAAAAACGAUGAAGUGAUGAAUGUGAGGAAGCAGGUCUCCUCUUCCCCUAGUCAUGACAUGAAGGGUAAGAAAGAUGGACAACACAGCCAGUUAAGGAUGAUGGGAAACAGAGGGACUGGAGAAAGGAGAGUCUCUGCAGGCUCUCGUAAGGCAAGCACUGGCUCAGAUGAUGGAGGUCUGAGUGGAAAAAGAGAGGACAAGGGGUCUCCAGGUGCAGGUGGGAAGGAGGGCCAGUACCAUCGCAUUGAGACACUCGUGUCGCCCUGCACUGAAGGGGCACCCAUCCAAACUCUAGGUUACUCUAACCGCCCACUUGCUGGAGAGCGCAUCAAGACGGUAGAGAGCAUCCGCGUGAUUGGCCGAGGCUCUCGGCGAGGCGGAGGGACUGGAGGUCGGCCAGGGGGAGCGAUGUGGUACGAAGAGGAGGAGUACAUUGAAGCUCAGCCUCCCUCACCCCAUACUGUCCCCCCUCCUCUUAACAUUGGCCAGGGAGGCACCGAGGACAUGACCCCCUCCAUGCCUGCUCCACCCCCACAUCUCCUCCUCCCACAUCUCCACCCUCCUCCGUCCCAUCCACACUCACAUCCUCCUCCCCAAGCUCAGUUCCAAAUGCCCUACCACCCUGAGAACAUGCAGACACCUCCUCCAUCACUCCACCACCAGCAUCCUCCUCCUACAUCCCCUUUCUUCAGCGCUCCUCCACCGAUCCCUCGACCCCCUCCGCCUCCCGUACAGCAGCGCCCUUCCCCUCCACCUACCCACCCCGCUGUGCCCUCUGCAGUCAUGGUGGGGGGAGUGUUGGUCCCUGUUGGCAGUCCCCUUCCUCUUCCUCCCCCAGUCAGACCUGAAGGUGCAGAGCGAGUUGGCUUAGGGCCCAGAGGAAGCAAAGUAGGCCCUCCACCCCUCAUGUCAUCGUUGCUAGGUGAGCCCCCUAAACUGCCCCGUCCUGGCACAGUUAAAGAGUCUUUUGUCCCCCGCCAUGCACCCCCUCUCCACCGCCCAGGUACCCCUGGUGUUCCUCUACCCUUACUGGGCAGAGUGAAGGAGCCUCUGAAUCUACCUCUUCCAUCCCCUCCUCCCACAUCCUCUACAGCCUCUCCCUCCACGCCUAAUUCCCCAGCAGUGGACAAUGUCCCUGCUCGCCUCCCCGUUCAGUCCGCUGCCCCAUCUCUCCACAAACCCCCUGCUAGUCCUCCAACUCAGCCCCGCAACCAAACCUCUAACCCUGUUCCCCUCCUCAACUUGCCCAGUCCUCGACCCCCGAUCCUCUCAGUCCCCAUCCCACAGAGACCUCUGCUGCGAGGCCGAAACCCCUCUCAGCAGCUUAACCAAGAUCUCCCCAUAGGGGGGUUUCGUGGGGGCAAGCGGCCUGGUCCUCCAUUCACAGGUGGUCCCUUCCAUGCGCAGAAGAGACCCUUCCUACCCCCACGCUACUGAAGUGGUCAUCUAUGACAUGUUGAACGAGAAGUGCAAGCGCCCUGUGCUGAAGCGCAGAGUGUGUGUUAGCCCUGCUGGUAUGAGCCCAGAUAUCUUUACUCUGUUAAUUAGACUGGAUUAAAACUACCUUAGGUUGUGUGUAAAUAGCUGAUUAAAUCUUCAUGCUUCAACUAGGUAGCCAGCCAGUCAUCUUACAUUGUACAGUACAGCUAUGAGGUUAUCAGUUACAUAGUGCAGUGUUGUGUAACAACCCUCAAUCUAUCACCUUUUUUCCCCAUCUCUUUGUACACGGUAGAUAAAAGUUUCAUUUGGUCUGUUGCAAUAGUGACAUAACCUUCGGAAGAAAACACAGAUAGUUCAAGCAGAAAUGAAACUAUACUUUAUUUAGAGUUUGCCUACCUGUGUGAUUGUUGGGUUACUUUAUCAGAGAGAGAAAGAGAGAGAGAGAGAGAAGGAGAGUGAAAGAGACAGGCAUGGGUGUCAUGGGAUACAGAGCAAAGAAACUAAAAGCAAUAGUUUGACAUUUUGGGAAAUUUGCUUAUUUGCUCUCUUACUGAGUUAGAUGAGAAGAUCAAUACCACUCUCGUAACUGUUGGCUAGACAUGAAGCUACAGCCAGCAGCUGCUUAGCUUAGCUUAGCUUAGCAUAAAGACUGGGAACAAGGGAACCGCUACCCUGGAUCUGUUCGAAGGUUAAAAAACAACAACAACAACCUACUAACACCUCUAAAGCUCACUAAUUAACACAUUAUAUCUCGUUUGUUAAAUCCAUACAAAAACAUGUAAUUUCUAUACUUUUUUGUACAAGUUUCUUGCAGGGGAUUAUGUGCCAGAGAGUUUCGUGGCUGGGCACAGUGACUUCACUGAGUCUAUGCUGGUUGCCUGGCAACCUCACAGCAACAACAAGACUCCAGGAAGUCACCGCUCCCGGCUUGAUUUUGUUACCUUUAGACAGAACCAGGCUGUCUGUCUGCCUCUGUUUCCAGUCUUUAUGCUAAGCUAAGCUAACGGACAGAUAAGUCAUCUAACUCUCUGCAAGAAAGCCAACAACCAUAUUUCCCGAAAUGUCAAACUAUUCCUUUUAACAAUGUUUGAUUGACGUGAUGAAAGUAUGUUCCAAAGUAAUCUCCUCUUCCAUGAGUGUAUGGGUGUGUGCUGUGUGUCCUAAAAUGGUAUUUCUCAUUUGAAGUGAUGAGAUUUGUGUUGCAGCUGAGGUUAACACUUGUUACUAUUUCCGGAGUACCUGCUGUAAAUAAUAUUCCUCUCUUGCUCAAUCUUUUUCACCCUUCACCUCUCCCACUGUAUAUCUCUAAGCUUGUAAAUAUAAAAACUGAGAUGAUACAGCUUUUUCUCUUCAAGCUCUUGUUUCUGUUAAUGAGGACAAUGAUCGUCACUCACGCACCCCAUCUUUACUGUGAUUGAGGCCUUGGAUAAGCUUUAGCUCCAGAAGAAUUUCUCUGCAGUAUCUGUCGCAUCUUUCUGUCCCCCUUAUGAAACCACCACACGGAAGAGGAGGGUGAAGAUAAUUAUGUAUUUUUAUUUCCAACAUAAAUGUCUUCCUGUGCGCACUUCAAGUUAGACUUUGUCAUGAAGAUAUUCCGUAGUGGAUGGCAGGUGGGGGGAGGUAUUUCAGCCUGAACCACACCUCUUGCUAGGCUUCAACAUGUACUGACUUGAAUAAAAUCCAGAGUUUCAAUUAAACUGGGGGGGUGGGGUAUUUUAUUUGGUCACUAUUUAUCACUUGAAUUGCGCUGUUGUAAUUUAUUUGCGCUGUUCAGCUGAUUUUUCUGCCUGUUUUCAGAGAAAUUGUUUUCAUAUAUUUACACAGCUGCUGCCGUCUUCAUAUUGCAUCAACAUUUUAUUUGUUGUGCUGUAUUUUUCUACUAGAUAGAAUUGGCAAUUUUCCAUUUGCAGCAGUACUCUUAGAUAGUAUAGGCGGGUCGAAAAAACAUUUGAUCUAAUUAGGCUUGUUUUGAAAAUGGUUUAUUUAAAUACUCCACUUGUUUUGGCCCCUUCCUCUGUUUUGUUUCUUUGCUAAUCUCAUGCUUUGCCCUCAAGCCCCUGUGCUUACCUUGCGCUCACAUGUCCAGAAACACUUCUGCACCUCUCAACACUUCUGAGGGUAAAAAAGGGUCAGCGCGAUGGCAGUAGUCCUCCCUUUUGUGCAGGAGUUAUUGCCGUAAUGCUUCCCUCUGUUCUACACUGAUGUAGUUUACCCCUCACAGUGAGAGGUGCAUGUUGGGUGUUGCUGCUCAAAGCCUCCUGUGUUUGUCUGAUCAUGGAGUGUGCGUUUUCUCCUGUGCUCAUUUACAAGUUUAGUUGAAAGUACAGUUCAUCAAGAUACACCGAGCACCUGCAAACCUUACGCAUAAAGUUGGUGAAUAGAUACAUUGUAAAAAUGUAACAACAAAGAGCAUAUUCCUUACUAGUGUUAGCACAUUAUCAGAGUUCUGUUUUACUGAAUGUUAUACAAGUCUGUUACCACCCUCUGUAAACUGUAUGUCUUUUAUCUGAUAGUUUCUCUGCAGAAACAGCUAAGUAUCAACUCGUUCACAUUUUCGUGUGUUCACAUUGCACAGAGAGACAGCUAGAUUAAUUGUUAGAAACAUCUUUCUGCUUACCAAGCACCUACCAAGAUCAACAUUUUAAUUGUCCCUGUGAAUAAUUUCUCUGUUUUCUCUUGACCUCAAGAGUACUUUGACCAAUUGAGUUUGAAAUUGACUGAACUUGUGACAAAGCUGAUGGUCUGUGUACAUUUGACAAGUUUAACUGCUCUUAUUGCUGUUCUCAUCAAUGAUGCUAUAUCACUGGUC